AUCACAGACUUGACUGGCAUCAAAUUAUACAACGGGACAUUGGUAGUAGAUUCUUCACCAGUUUUAACUCUCUCACCUCGACAAGCAGCCAAUGAGUUUUUAUCAUAUUUAAAAAAUUUUGGUGAAAAUAUUAUAUUAGCCGCACACAACUGUUUUACAUUUGAUGGACCGAUGAUUUUACAAUUCAUGCAAGAAGUAGAUGUAAUAGAUGAAUUUUCAUUAAUCGUGAAAGGUUUUACUGAUACAUUACCUGUGAUGAAGAAGCAUUUGAAAGAUCGAACUAAAGCUAAAAAAAGAUUCAAAUUAGAAAUUCUUGCACAAGAUUUUUUAGAACCAGAAAAUAUUGGUAGACUUCAUAACGGUUUAACUGAUGUUCGUAUUUUGUUUGAUUUGAUUCACCACCCACUGAUAAAUAUUCCUGAUGACAAGCUUUUUGAAACAGGAGUUACUGUUAAUUAUUUAUUAAAUCGGAAGAUUAUACGUGAUGCGUCCAAAAUGAAAGAAGCUCCAUUAAAAAAAGUUAUUUUAGCGGAAAAAGAUGAAAACGGAAAAUUGUCAAAAACCGAAGGAGUUUCUGCAGGAAUAAAAUUACUACUUGGACAAAAUGUUGGAAGUCAAGCACGAGUGACAACAACAGGAAGAAUUAUUGAUGCCAUUGUAAUGAGAUUACAAAAAAUUUGUAUUAUUAAAUAAGAAAUAAAUAAGAUAAAAUGAAAAAAAAAA